UUUUAAUGUGUUCAAUUCAAAAUACUUCCUGACAGACUAACAAUUAGUAAUUUGGAUAGUAUAUAGUCGUCGAUAGACUAACAAUGUCCUCCCUUAGACGACGCACAGAAAGUACAACAAAUAUCUUAGACGACAAUGACACAAACAUUUGGACAAAUAGACAAAAAAAAAUAAAAGGAUAUUUAAAAAAAUCCUUUAUUGUGAAUGUAAUAUUAUUGGUCGUUCUUGUGGUUUUACUCAUCUUUAAAGUAGGUCUUUAUGAAAAAGACAAAAAGACAUUAAAAGAUAACGAAGUGUCGUUCGGAAAAACAAAUUCUAACAAUGGUGUUUGUAUACCUUGUAACUCUUUGGGAUCCACUGUCAAAGCUAAUGACACUUUGUUUGACAGCAUCAGCCGUACAGAAGAUGGAGGGAAAAUAUGCUGCUACAAAGAUCAGGAAUAUAUGCAGAAGAUGAUUUCACGGAUGAUGGAUCCAAUGAUAACAAAGCCAGCCUUGGAUAUUGAUUAUGUGAUCGAAAGAAAGAUGAAAUGGUGGAGCACCAGACAUCAUUCUAUCCACAUGUAUUUAAAUUUGAACACGCUGACAGGAACGAAUCUUGCGUGGACGUAUAAGGGUGACCACCUCGGAACCGCACAUAGAAACGAUGUGAACUACAAUGAAAAAAAUCAAAGCAUUGAAAUAGUAGAAACGAGUAUUUAUUUCGUCUAUUCUGCUAUUACCUUUGAUUUUGGUGACGUUACUACUGUUGGGUUAUAUCGGCAUAAGAUUAAGCAAUGGCUCAAGCUUCUACCAAAGACAGAACGACAACCUUUACUGCGAAGUAGAUUUGGUGGAUCUUCAGAAACGAGAAGAGUGUAUACUAGUUUCCUUUGUGGAACUUUUAAACUUGAUAGUGGUCUCGUAGUGCAGAGCGAAAUUUCUGACGAAGCAAUAAGACAUGUUAAAAAAUCAAAAUAUGCGAAUUAUUUUGGACUUUUCAAAAUCUGAGAACUGAUGCAAGGAUUAUCCGAUAUGAGGAUAUUCAGUUGAAAGUUAACAAUAGAAAUGGAACUGUUAAUUUUAGAAGGUACAACAUGGUCAAGUUUGCAUAUCUGGAAUGUUAACAUACGAUUUCGUGGCCUUUAAAAAUUUAAAUGCAUGUGUAUAUGUUUUUUGUGUUUGUAACUUACACAUUUUAUACUCAAAUUAUAGUAUGGAGCUACAAGAUAUUAUACAUUUUUAAAAUCCAAGACAAAUUAUUACAAAACAGUCGAUAACGUGUUGUUCAACUCAUUUUGCAUAUGGAAAAAAUGAAUUUAAAAACAUUCUAGGAAAGAUAAAAGAUUGAUCUGUUAAUUCAAAACAGAAUUUUGGAAAUAAUCCUAAAAAUGGUAAAUAAUCCUAUUGUGAAGAGAAAGUAGGCUACAGAAUUUUAUUUUCAGUCGUGUUUGAGUAAUCUGUUUUUCUUUAAAACAUAAAACAAAAUGAAUUUCAAAUAAAAUUUCUUUCCAGAUUCAAUAUUCUUUUAAAUAUUUUUUAAGGCUACAAGUUGAUAAAUUAACAAAUAAAAAUUCACCUUUCUGUAUGGGUCGAGUGAAAUACCUGGUAAUCGUGUAAGUCUUCAUAACAAACUAUGUGUGUUUGAAUAACAAACACAAAAAAACUCAUAAUAGUACUAUACUUUUCGAUCUUAAAACGAAGGACAGUUUGUCUUUAACUUUUCAAACUAAAUUGCUGUUAAUUAAGUUUCGUUUGUAGCACAGUUGGUGUGAAUCAGAUAUUCAGGGUACCAGUUGGUUUAAGAAAGAAAUGUUAUAGUUUUGAAAUGUCUUGAUAUGUCUUUUCUAUGUCUCAACUUCAACAUUCAAACAUUUGUUUAAUUUUGCUACAAGUAUAUUUCAGGGUCAAAUAAUAAACCAAUUGAAACAUAGAAACACAAAUCAGACAGUGUUCCUCUUAAACCAAUGAUAGCAAAUUAGAAAAAUAUUUUAAUGAGUGUAUUUUGACAUACAUAUACAUAUGUGCUACAAGGAAAUUAAACAUUGCAUGCAAAAUUGAUGUAGACACCGAAUAACCAAUUCAGAGAACAGGAUACUCAAAUUCAGGAUGUACGUGAUACAAUGAUUAACCUCCGGAAGAGCCAAUGAUGAUCAAAACUGGAUUAUUUCUAGGCCAAAUAGGGAAAAUUUAAAAAAAAAAUAAUGAAUGUUGUCUCAAAUUCUAACUAAAUUACAUGUACAUUUUAAACAACAUACUAAAUUGUCAUUUAGUGAUAUCAUGAUUGGUAAUUCCACAAAUAGUUCAAACAUUUUUGAAACGUAUGACAUACAGUAACGAAAUUCAAACGAUCGAAAUAGGUACAAUUUUAUCAUUUUAUUCAUAUGAUCCAUUUGAACUAAAAUGAUUAUAAAUUCUGACUUCGUAUAUCCAUUAUCUUUGUCUGUCAACUAUCGUUCAUUUAAUUGGCAAAAAUAUUUCGUUUGUGAUCAUAUUGUAUGACCUUGCCAUAUUAGAGCAAGUUGCCGGCUAAAAUUCAUAUGGCCGAUAAAAUAUUUUACAUUAGUCCGACACUGCAGUUUCACCAAAUAUGGUAUGCGAAAUGUUACCAUAUUUAAUAUUCAUAAUUUAGUUAUACAAAAAUACUAUGACACUAAGCUUCAUUUUCUAGUCUAAGGGAGAUGAUGCGACUCCAGGUCAGAAGAUCGAUUGUGUUAAUAAAAUCUUAUAAUAUAUGAUUAAAAAAAUGCACAAUUUC